AUGAGCAUUCCGCUCAUUCCAAAAAUCAUCAAAGUUUAGACUGCUUACUUUAUGAAAGAAUAUGUCUACAAGUAUUAUUUCAGCACAUUCAACAUGAUUAAUAACAAUCUUGAUAAGUAAACUAUAAAAUAAAUGAUCACACAAAGUGGAUAUGAGUACUAAGAGAUAGAAGUUGAGACUGAAGAUGGGUAUAUAAUUAAUAUGAAUAGAAUUUGCAAUAAGGAGUCUUAUAAUGCUGUAUAUUUCUAGCAUGGUGUACUUGAUAAUAGUUUGACGUGGGUUGUUCAUGGUCCUUCUGAUAGUAUAGCUUACUAAGCUCAUGAAUCUGGAUUUGAUGUCUUCAUGGGGAAUUUUAGAGGUGUCUAUCCGAGAAAGCUUGUUAAGGGAAAAGAUCCUAAAUCUUAUUGGGAAUAUAGCCUAGAUGAACUUGCUAAAUAUGAUGUUUAAGCUUUUAUCUAGAAAAUAAGAGAUAUAAAAAUAAAAGAACUAAUGGCGACUUAUAUAAAAAUAUCAAAGCUUAGUGAAGAGGAAAUAAUUAAAGAUAUAGAGAGCAGACUAACAAUUACAUAUGUUGGUCACUCACUAGGAGGCAUGACUCUACCAAUGUAUAUAAUAAAUCAAAGAAUAAGACAGAGGCCACAUUACUUAACAAAUGCUAUUUUACUCUCGCCUGCUGGAAUUCACACUAAUGCACCUAUUGAAGUGGGUAUAACAGGGUGGAUUUUCACUCAUAUUCUAGCCAAACUUAUUUCACAUGUUGCAAUCCCUAAGUCAGUAGUUUCUGUAUUCCAGAAAAUACAUAGAGACCUUAGAGGGCUUCCUGCAGCUCGUGAUCUUUUCACUUUUAUCUCCUCUUCAACUCUUGGGGGAAAUAAAAUUGGAGAUUCUCCAGUUUGGAAAAGUGCUAAAAUUGUUUAAUCAUUUCUAUAAUUUGGUUUUUCUAGAGAUCUUGGAAUACACUUUUACACUAAUUGGAAAUAAAAUAAGUUCUAGGCUUUUGAUUUUGGCAAGAAAAAAAAUAUAGCUAUGUAUGGCACUGAAAAGCCUUUUAACUAUCUUGAUCAUUAUCAUUUGAUAGAUAUUCCAAUUCAUUUUUUUAUUUCUCUAAAUGAUACCUUGAUUAGGGCAGAUGAUAUUGUGGAACAUUACCACACUCUUAAAAAGCAUUAGAAGAAUUUGGCUCACAUGAAGUUGUUUGAAGGAUUUAGUCAUGUUGAUUUCACUUACUAGAGUCAUCAUGUAAUGAUGCAUGAGAUUAUUACAACUCUUAAAAAAUGCUAAAGAAAAUAGAUUAAAUCUCAUGAAGUUUAAAAUAAUUAGCAGCAAUCUUAUUAGUAAAAAGAAUUUAUUGAUUCAGAUGAAUUGUCCUCAAGCAUUAAGAGUGAAUAAUUAAAUGGAGAUUGA